GUAGCACCCAAGUCCGAAAUUAGUGUGCCAGUUUUUUUGUCAUCGUGUUGCGUGGCAUCUUCUCCCGUUGUCUGCCCUGCUGGUGGAACUCUCGCCACUCUGCAACUCCACCGACCAGGUACCACAACAUGUCUGGACAACUUCGCGUGUCUGUGAUCGGUUCUCAGACGCGCUAUCCGGACACACCACUGGCCUACACAGUCUACCGAACGUCCGUGAACUACGAGGGGCUAUGUUACCACCGUUUAAUCCGCUAUCGCCACUUCUCCCACUUCGGCAAGAGACUCAAACUGGCGCCCCGUGCACCACGCGUCUCCGCCAAGAUGCCGCCCAAGAUCUGGUGGAGCCGCAAAGCCUCGUUGCAGCCCGAGACCGUUGAGGCCCGUCAGGUGUUGCUAAAUGAGUACAUGCAGCAGGUUUCAACGCGUCCGUUGACGCCUCGCAGCCAGGAUCACUUGAAGAAGCUGCUGCAGGUGGGUGAGUACGCGCCCAAGGAGGAAGAGGACCGCGUUAUCAACAGUGCACUCAGCUCCAGACGCCCCAGUACCAGUUUAACGGCACCUCCAUCUGAAGUAGCACGCAGAAGUUCCCUCCACAAAGCGAUAAUGGAAGAGGAAGAUGUGCCUAUUCUUACUUCAGCGGAGAAACAGCCUCAAGACUCGCUCACGGACGAGGAAGAGCCAAGUCCAGAAGAGCACCGUCGACUGAACCUCACUAUCCAGCGUCAAGACUCCCAGAGCUCCAGCAACCCUGCGGCUGAUGACGCGGAGAUUCGAGACGGCGCGUUGUCGGCGCCGCUGUCGCCCGUGCUGCCGGUCAAGACGAUUCCCGUCAGCCUGUCGCUGAACUCGCAGAACAUGAAGCGCGUCAUGCUCGGCUCUCGCGGGGAUUCGGAUCUCCUGGCUCUCAAGGAAGGAGGCAGGGACUCGACGGGCAGUGCGUCCGACUUUUCGUCGACGCCUGAGCGUCACUACUUUGGUCAGAUCAAGAACUGCAUCGCUAGUAUUGAGGAUAUUGUGGACAGCAGCCGCAAACUCGAGGAGCGGAUUCGCGAGAAGCAGACGACCAAUCGACCUUAGCAACUUUUCGAAGAUUUUCGUGGCAAGGCGACGGAUUGGCCGGGGGGCUUUCAAUAUUUAUCGACAAGUGGACGUGCUGUUUCCAUCACCUCUGCCUCCCGCCGUGAAUGCUGCAAGUAAUGCUACAUUAAUAAAAAGAAAGCUUUUUAAUUUCUUUGAUACAAAAAA